AUGAUAAUUGGAGAGAUAAAUAAAGCGCAACACUCUGAGAUAAAAUUUUCUCAGACACAUUUUGAAUCGAGUACUAGUGGGCCGAUUCUGAAAUCGGUGGAAUCAUGUGAACAGUCCAGUAAAGGGUUCACAAAAAAAAUCGCGUUUCUCAAAAUUUAUCAAAUUAUCAAAAAUGACGUAUAUUCAUUUAUUGUUCGCGACUUGUGCGUCUGUUACCAUUUUAUUGUUCUGACAAUGAUUAAAUCCACGCAAUUUGUCAUAGUUGCUCUCGAGCUCUCCAGGACAAUAAUGAAGUGCGUUUGGAGCAUCGGUUCUGUUUGUUGUAUUUUGGCAGUGGUUUACCUCCAGGGAAUUGACGCUUACUAUCCAGGAUGCAUUGCACAUUUCAGCGGACUCUUGGAAUACCCCCAUGAUUGUUCAAAAUUUAUACAGUGUGAUAAUGGAAGAACAUUCAUAAUGAAUUGCGGUCCAGGAACUGUGUUCAAUCCCCACCUACGAGUUUGCGAUUGGCCUUACAACGUUCCUGGUUGCGGUGGGGUGAUACAUCCCGAACCAAAGCCUUGGCACGAACACGACGAUUCGUGUUGGCCUGGACACAUACCGAAACCCACGGAACCGCCAGAAGAACACAAACCAGAGCAUCCAAAGUAUCCUGAGGAGCCUGAACCUGAAGAACCGGAACAUAAACCUGAGAAACCUGAGCAUAAGCCAGAGAAACCUGAACAUAAACCAGAGAAACCUGAGCAUAAGCCAGAGAGACCUGAACAUAAACCAGAGAAACCUGAACAUAAACCAGAGAAACCUGAGCAUAAACCAGAGAAACCUGAACAUAAACCAGAGAAGCCUAAACCUAAGCCAGAAAAACCGAAACAUAAACCAGAGAAACCUGAACAUAAACCCGAGAAACCUAAACAUAAACCAGAGAAACCUAAACAUAAACCAGAGAAGCCUAAACACAAACCAGAAAAACCGGAACAUAAACCAGAGAAACCUAAACAUAAACCCGAAAAACCUAAGCAUAAACCAGAAAAGCCUGAACAUAAACCAGAAAAACCUAUGCAUAAACCAGAAAAACCUACACAUAAACCCGAAGAACCUGCACACAAACCAGAGGAACCCCACCCUGAAUACCCUGAUGAAGAUGAGCCUGAAGAGCCUGGCCAGGAGCCUGAGGAGCCCGAAGAGCCUGGCCAGGAGCCUGAGGAGCCCGAAGAGCCUGGCCAGGAGCCUGAGGAGCCCGAAGAGCCUGGCCAGGAGCCUGAAGAGCCCGAAGAGCCUGGCCAAGAGCCUGAAGAGCCCGAAGAGCCUGGCCAGGAGCCUGAAGAGCCCGAAGAGCCUGACCAGGAGCCUGAAGAACCUGAAUACGAACCAGAAGAGCCUGACCAAGAGCCUGAAGAGCCCGAAGAGCCUGACCAAGAGCCUGAAGAACCCGAAGAGCCUCAUCAAGAGCCCGAAGAGCCCCAAGAGCCUCAUCAAGAGCCCGAAGAGCCUGAAUACGAACCAGAAGAGCCUGACCAGGAGCCUGAAGAGCCCGAGUACGAACCCGAAGAGCCUGAAGAGCCCGAGCAUGAACCAGAGGAGCCCGAGUACGAACCCGAAGAACCUGAAGAGCCCGAAUACGAACCGGAAGAGCCUGACCAAGAGCCUGAAGAGCCCGAAGAACCUGAACAAGAGCAUGAAGAACCCGAAUAUGAGCCUGAAGAACCUGAACACGAACCGGAAGAACCAGAAUAUGAGCCUGAAGAACCCGAACACGAGCCUGAAGAGCCAGAACAUGAGCCAGAAUAUCCUGAGCAUGAACCCAAGGAACCUGAACAUGAAACGAAAAAACCUGAGCAUAAACCCAAGAAACCGGAACAUAAGCCCAAAAAACCUGAUCAUAAACCUAAAAAACCAGAACAUAAGCCUAAAAAACCUGAACAUAAACCGAAAAAACCCGAACAUAUGCCCAAGAAACCUGAACAUAAACCGAAAAAACCUGAGAAACCAGAGCAUAAACCCAAAAAACCCGAACAUAAACCCAAAAAACCAGAACAUAAACCGGAAAAACCCGAACAUCCGAACAAGGAAAAACCACAAAAACCUGAACAUCCACAUAAGCCUGAGAAACCUGAACCCCCCAUCAAACAUAAACCAAAACAUCCUAAAUAUCCACCUCAACAUGAACCACAUUACUCCCAAGAGCACGAAUCAGAUUCUUCCGAGGAACAUAAUCCAGAGUAUCUUGACCAUCACGAAUCCGUAGCUGGAGACAUUUCAUUUGAGCCCGAAAAUCUGCCCCAACGUAGGAAAGGGAAAAUCGAUUACAGUAUCUUCGACUAUUAGUUUAGUUCGGUUAAUGCAAACGUAAUAUAAGUUUCCACAUUAUUGUUACUUUUAUAGAGAAAGAUUGUACAGUAGAAAACAUCAGGAUAAAGAAUAAACACUCCAUUGGAAAUGCAAAAAAA